AUGGCCCUCCUAGCAGCAGAGAAGAGCAUAGUAGCUGUAGGAGCCUCUCGUGGUGACCCUCGCACCCCCAUCUUUGAGGGGUGUUCCCCCUCCCCCCUUUUGCCCUCUGUUGCCUCUACUGCUGCGGCCGACCUCGUUGGUCUUGUGUCGUUCGGUGCGGCGUCUACCCCUAGCGGGAGACGCCGCCCUGGCAAGGGCAAGGGGGGCAGGGGCGCUGGAGGAGCUAGCGGGGGCGGUGGAGGCGGAGGUGGAGGUGGCGGAGGGGGUGGGAGUGGCGGUGGGGGUGGUGGCGGGGGUGGAGGUGUCGGUGGCGGCAGUGGAGGCGGAGGCGGCGGCGGUGGUGGUGGUGGGAGCGGAGGUGGCGGAGGUGGCGGCGGUGGAGGAGGCGGUGGCGGAGGAGGUGGAGCUGGUUGGGGUGGCAGUGCGCAGAGGGUCGGCUCCGGUGGUGGUCAACGCCAGCAGCAGCAGCAGCAGCGCACUCGUGACAUCCCCCCCCUGGGCAUUGAGACUGCUGCUCUAGGUACUGGUGAGGCUGCUGCUCUAGGUGCUAGCGAGGCUGCUGCUCUAGGUGCUCGUGCGUCUGCUCCCUCAGGUGCUGGUGAGUCUGCUCUCUCAGGUACUGCGUCGGCUUUGGCCUCCCACACCUUCACCCUUGACUCGGGGGCUUCUCGCUCCUUCUUUCGAGACCGCACCAUACUCACGCCGCUUGGCCGGCCAGUUGCAGUCUCUCUGGCAGACCCCUCUGGGGGUCCUGUCCUUGCUCACUUCUCAACUGUCCUCCCGUGUCCGACGGCCCCCUCUGGCACCCUGUCUGGCCUUUACCUCCCCUCGUUCUCUACAAACUUGGUGAUUGGUGCUGACCUACAGGAUGCGGGGGUUCACCAGUUCACUCCUGCGAGUCAGCGGGUGACCCACUGCACGGACGCUCGGACAGGCCGACACCUGGCCACGUUUACACGUCGGCCGGGGUCGAGCCUGUACACACUGACCACUGCGUCUCCUCCAGACACUGCGUCUGGUCAGGUAGUUGCGUUGGGUCAGGUGUUUGCUGCAGCGUCCAGGUCUGGUCCUGAGUCUGCCCCCUACUCGUGUCGCCUCCUGUCUCACGAGACUCUCCUGUGGCACCACCGUCUUGGUCACCCCUCCCUGCUUCGUCUCCGAGGCAUGGCCUCUCGUGUCCUUGUCUCUGGUCUUCCCCGGUCCCUCCCUCCCCUUCCUCCGGGGCCUGGCCCUACCUGCGUCCCCUGUGUCAAGGGACUGCAGCGGGCUGCCCCUCACUCCUCCCAGUUUCCUCCGACAGAGGCCCCGCUGCAGACGCUUCACAUGGACGUGUGGGGCCCGUCCCGCGUCCGUGGACAAGGUCACGAGCGCUACUUCCUGCUGGUGGUUGACGACUACUCGCGUUACACCACAGUCUUCCCCUUGCGCAGCAAGGGUGAUGUCACUGAGGUGUUGAUCGACUGGAUCCGCGCAGCUCGUCUCCAGCUCAGGCAGAACUUCGGCUCGGACUUUCCUGUUCUGCGUCUGCACUCUGACAGAGGCGGAGAGUUCUCCUUUGGCCUUCUGCGAGCCUACUGUCGUGCACGAGGCAUUCGCCAGACCUUCACGCUUCCGGACUCUCCACAGCAAAAUGGGAUUGCUGAGCGCCGCAUUGGCAUGGUCAUGGACGUCGCCCGUACGUCCAUGAUGCUUGCGGCUGCCCCCCAUUUUCUGUGGCCGUUUGCGAUUCGGUACGCGGCGCAUCAGAUCAACCUUCACCCCAUGGUCUCCAUGCCGGAGACCUCCCCAGCUUUGCUGUGGACGGGGAAGGUUGGCGAUGCGUCUGCGUUCCGUGUCUGGGGAUCUCGGGCGUUUGUCCGCGACUUGUCUGCGGACAAGCUGUCCCCUCGUGCUGCUCCUUGCGUCUUCCUUGGCUUCCCCCCUGACGCGCCAGGGUGGCAGUUCUACCACCCCACCUCUCGCCGUGUUCUGUCCUCCCAGGAUGUCACGUUCGACGAGUCGGUCCCCUACUACCGCCUCUUCCCCUACCGCACUCCGUCCCUCCCCCCGCCACCGCUCUUCCUUGUGCCAGGUCCCCCCCCGGUAGACCCCCUCCCCCCUCAGGGUCCUACCCCUUCAGGUGUGUCCCAGGUAGACGCAGUCGAGCCUGUCGAGGUUACAGGUGACUCUGGUGCUGCUGAGGGUGCUGAGCCUGGGGGUGCUGACUCUGGGGGUGCUGAGCGUGUGGGUGCUACGCCUGGGGGUGCUCAGCCUGGGGGUGCUGAGCCUGGAGGUGCUACCACUAAGGGUGCUGAGCCUGGGGGUGUUGAGCCUGGGCUUGCUACGCCUGGGGGUGCUGAGCCUGGGGGUGCUCCACCUGGAGGUGCUGAGCCUGGGGGUGCGGAGCCUGAGGGAGCUGGGCCUGCUCGUGUGGCGUCUGGCGGUGCUGGGCCUGGAGGUUCUCAGGGUGCUUCGUCUCGGCGGGAGCCACUCUCUCCACAGGAGUUGCGCGAGUGGUUUGCCCGGCGCUGGAGGCGUGCUGCUGGAGCUGGAGGUUCUUCGGCUGCUGAGGGUGCUGGUGCCGCGGGUCCUGGAGGUGCUCGUACUGGGAGUACUGGAGCUGCUGAGCCGGCAGGUACGACUGGAGCUAGAGCUGCUGAGGGUGUUGGCGCUGAGGCUACUGCUGUCGGUCCUGGAGGAGGUCCUGCUGGGGGUGCUACUGGUGCUGCUGGGGGUACUGGAGCUGGAGGUGCUGCUGGCGCUCGUGCUGCCGCUAGGGGUACUGGUGCUGUCCCUGCUGUGUCUGGAGUAGCCGCGCGGCCUCGGUCGUACUUCGUUCCGCUCCUUCAGCAGGUUCUUGGUCUCCCGCCUUCUACUGGUCCUCCUCCUCCCUUAGAGUGUCCAUAG